UAUCAACCUGGAAACCCUGAAGUCAAACAUCUCAGGAUCAUGGUCUACGGAUCAGUCGGUGCUGGAAAGUCCAGCUUCAUCAGUUCUGUCAGCAGCAUUAUAAGAGGCAGGAUGGCCAUUCCAGCUACAGCCAGUGCAAUCACCAGUGAUGCUAGUUUCACCACAAAGUAUGAGACUCACAGAAUCCAGAAAGAAGUCAGAGGGAACUUCUACCCUUUUGUCUUCAGUGACACCAUGGGACUGGAGGGAAGUGGUGGAGUCAGAGUGGAAGACAUCAAACUGGCCUUGAAGGGACACGUGCCCGAGGGUUACACGUUCAAUCCUGUAGCUCCACUGUCAGACACUGGUCCUAGCUACAAGUAUUCACCCUCUCUGGAUGACAGAGUUCAUCUUCUGGUUUGUGUCUGUGAUGCUAACGCAUCAGAAAUUAAAGAGUCUGUUUUGCAGAAGAUGAGAGAAGUCAGAGAAGCAGCCCAUGACCUGGGAAUUCCCCAAAUAGCUAUUGUCACUAAAAUUGACGAAGCCUGUGAGGAAACUGAAAAGAGUCUGAAGAACGUCUACAGGAGCGGAUACCUGAAGCAAAUGGUGAUUAUCUGUCAUCUCAUUCUUGGUAUUCCACUGAACUACAUCCUUCCUGUGAAGAACUACACUUCAGAAAUCUCCCUGGAUGAUGAUGUUGACUCACUGAUCCUGAGCGCUCUGAGACUGAUUGACUUUGGAGACGACUUCAUUGACAAAAUGUAAAACUACAUUCUGAUCCUAAAGUAUGGAUAAUGGGUAGAUGUUGGCUAACUUAGUAUGGA